AUGGAUUUGGGUGAAAUAGCACACGAAAGAGAAGCUGUCGAGCAAGAUAUAGAAGAAACAGAAGAAACACCUAUUUCUCAAACUACAAGUACUGAAUUAACAAUAGAUCCUCCCAAAAUUAUUACGAUUAGUAUCAUUAUCGGCAUGUUUUUCCUUCUGUCAUAUGAAGUGCUAAAUAGCAGAAGCAUCAAUAAGGAGCAAGUGCAUUUCAAGAUUCAUGUACCAGAAAUCAUAAACCGUCAAAUUCAUACGAAGAUGGUGUUCAUACACAUUCACAAGCUGACUAAUCCGACAAUGCCGAAAAAGACAAAACCUAAGAUGGAAAUGCCGAAAACCUAUGAUAAAAAAUGGCAUCAAGAGAAUUGGAGUUCUUGGAAUACUUAUGGCUAUCAUAGCGAUGAUCUAGCAGACAAUCAUAUCAUACCGGAAAAUGCAAAGGAUCAUACGAGUAACGAGAUUCACGAUGGCAAAGACCGCAAGAAAAUAAACCCAUCCCUUCAUCAUCACAAAGACUCAUAUCUGCUCGCGUUGCAACACGAUGACAAACCCAAUCACUUGAAAAAUCAACACAACGACAUGAUGGAUUAUCCUUAUCCACCACAGUAUGUGCAAGAGGAUCUGAAGGAAAUGGAUCACAACAAUAUUGAACCUUAUAUGCACAUGUAUGAAGAAGGAUAUCAUAGGGGCGGCGAAUCUGCGAACGGAUACAUCUACUCGAAUGAUCUGACCAAAUUUUAUGAUGAUAAACACGAAGAAGGUGAUCAUUCCAACGAGAAGUACGAGAACGAGUCGAGGGAAAAAACACACGCCGGUCGUUACUUCGUAGAUGACUCGGAAUAUCAGCACACUAACGAUAUAUCAGAAAAGCGUGUGUCUCGCAGAAUACGAUUAUCGUGA